AUGGCUACUGAACUUAAACAGCAACGUGCUAACACGAAGAAGAAUAUAACACGGAUCAGGAGUAUCAUAGAACGAAAUGCAAAAUCAGACACAACGGUUUUAUCGCCUAUUGAACUAAAAUGCCGUUUAGGUAUUUUGGAAUCGUAUUUUACGCAGCUAAUGAGCUACCAAAUUCGAAUUGAAGAAUUGGAUCCCGAAGACAAUAUGAGAGGCGAGCUUAAGGAUCUAUAUGUCAACAUCAAAACAUCUAUUCAAGAGCAACUAGGUGAGGAUUUGCAUAUGUCGUUACGAGAUCACACGUUUUCACCUGUCUCAUCAAUUACGAGAUUGCCACUGUUAAAAUUGCCGUCGUUUAGUGGAACAUACUCUGAAUAUAAAUAUUUUAUUUCGUCUUUUAAUCAAAUCAUUGACAGAGAAGUUGAUUUGUCAAAUAUUGAAAAAUUUGAUUAUAUGUUAAACUGUUUACAUGGACAAGCAUUGGCUUUUCAAGUUAGUAACGAAAAUUAUCCAAAGGCACUUCAAAGAUUGAAAUCCCGCUAUGAUAAUAGCAGCUUAAUUUUUAUGGCAAAUAUUGCUUCACUGUUUGAAUUGCCACAUACAUCAAGGCAAAGUUGUAGUCAACUUAGAAGCCUGGUUGACAAUGUGUCUGCAAUCUACGAUUCGCUGCGCUUAAUUGGCUCCGACAAGCAAAUUUCAAAUGCAAUGCUAAUUUACUUGGCAAUGCAAAAGGUGGAUGAUGGUUCAAAAAAUAAGUGGAUGGAAUCUCUUGACUUUAAUUCUUUGCCUUUAUGGGAAGACUGCGCUAAGGUUCUGGAAACACUCUGCCAAUUUCUUGAAUCGAUUGAAACGCCACUGUUAAGUUUAACAAACCUAACAUAUUUUAGCUCGCUUGUAAUCACGCUUAUGCAGCAAAUAAAUAUUCAGGAUUCAAUUGGUUCAGAGAUCGACAGAAUCAUUCGCAACUUCAAGAAGGACUCACCCAGCAGGAAAACACGUCAAUAUCUCGAAGAUCGUAAAACAACUUUAGAACAGUUAUUAGCUGACUUCAAGGCUAAUGAUGAGCAACUACAACAAGCCGAUGUACUAGCAAGAACAUCGGACUAUUUCACACAAGAUUACGGCAUGGUAAUCAUAAAUUUGGGUAACAAAUAUAUCACCACAAUAACUCAAGAGCUGGAAGCAUUACUCAUUAAGGCUCAACCAUCAACAAUAAAGGGGUUGGACCUUCAGAUAAAUAAUGAUGUUGAAGCUCCUGAAAUAGUAUUACCUACUGGUGGUCAAGAGAAUGAAAUUAAUCAGGCAUUAGUCAACAGACGAAAUGCAGUGUGUAAAUCAAUCAAUCGUCUCAUCCACAAUGUGAGACAAGAUAACCAGCAACAGGUACCACAAUAUUUUGCAGUAAAAUUAGCUACGCUUACCAAGUUAUGGGAUCAGGCUGAAGGUUUAAAUUUUACUAUUCAGGAACGGCAAGACAACCCUCCUGAUUGCAAUCAUUAUCUAGCACUUGAACAAUUGGUGCAAGAUACAAUGGUGGAAUGGACUAGUAAGUCGACCAAGAUUGAGACAUCAAUUAGGUCAACUUAUCAAUCAUCGGCUACUUUGCCAACAAUAUCUCUUCCAAAGUUCAGUGGAGAUUAUUUGAGUUGGCGACAAUUCAGUGAUCUGUUUGCACAACUAAUACACAAUCAAAGAAUAUCAGACUCACAGAAACUCUGGUAUUUGAAAACCAAUAUUCAAGGCGAAGCUGAAGCACUCAUCAAGCAUUUGCAAAUAUCAGAUGCAAAUUAUGAGACGGCAUGGCAAUUACUACAAAGUAGAUAUGAGAAUAAAAGAGUUCUAGUAUCAGCAGUUUUGCAACGUUUGACAGCUCAAAACUCUUUAUAUGACCAUCCAACAGUCCAAGCCAUUAAAAAUAUGCAUGACACAACAAAGGAAAGUCUAUGUGAACUUCAUAAUUUAAAUAUUGAAACAUCAACUUGGGAUCCAAUUUUAGUUCACAUACUAUUAAAAAAAUUGGAUAAAAAUACACAUUGCAGUUUUGAACAAACUCUUACCAACCCAAAGGAGAUGCCCACAAUAAAACAAUUCUUAGAAUUUUUAGAAUUGAGAUUUCAGUCACUUGAGGCUAUAGGUCUACGAGACAAUGCAGUAUAUAAACCCAACAAAAGGAUAGCCGUAACUAUGGUUUGUUCAGAUCUAUGUAAAGUUUGUAAUACAGAUAAACAUCCGAUCUACUAUUGCAAAAAGUUCAUUGAAAUGACUCCUCCUGAACGAUUAAAUUGGAUUCAACGACAAAAACUAUGUGUGAAUUGUUUCAAAUCCGAUCAUAAAGCAAAGGUUUGUGAAGCUGGAUCAUGUAAAAAAUGUGCCAAGAAGCAUAACACUUUGCUCCAUUUAGAGCAACAGUCACCUAAACCUUCAAGGGCACCAGCAACAAACACAAAGUCAACCACAACAUUGAUCAACGCUAAUGAAUCGCCAUCCAUAACAGCAACAACUAAUGCAAAGUGUACUCGUAAUUACGUUCUGCUAGCCACUGCAAAAGUGCGCAUUAUUGCAAACAAUGGACGAACGUGUGAUGUUCGUGCCAUACUCGACUCAGGGUCUCAAGUGAAUCUAGUAACCCAAAGAGUAAUCAACAAGUUAUCUUUAAUUACCACAAAUUCAAAUCUAUCGAUCGAAGGUAUUGGCCGUCAAUUCGGGAACUCAAAAUCUCGCGUAAAUGUUGAACUGCAGGCUACUAAUGGAAGCUUCAGGACGAGACUAGAGGCAUUUGUAUUGCCACAAAUAAUAUCAGCACAACCGUCACGAGACCUAGAUAUCUCGGAUUGGCAGAUCCCACAGAAUGUAGAAUUAGCAGACCCCAGCUUUAACAGAUCUGGAAGAAUUGACAUGCUGAUUGGUGCUGAAUUCUAUCAUACUCUACUUCAACCAGAACAAUUGAUAAUAGGAAAGAAUUCGCUACUGUUACAAAAUUCGGUUCUAGGUUGGUUGGUGGUUGGUAAGACUAAAACUACAACAGAUAUUAAACCAACAUGCGCUAUUACUACAGGAGAAGUUGGUGACAUGUCAGAAAUGAUAGAACGAUUUUGGAAAUUAGAUAACAUUGAGACUGCAGAAAGGGUUUUGACUUUAUCUGAGAAAUGGUGUGAAAAUCACUUUACAAAUCAUGUAAAGACAAAUCACGAUGGUCGUUUCAUUGUACGCUUACCUUUCCGCGAUGAUCCCACGACACUUGGUAGAUCGCGUGAGAUAGCAUUCAAUCGAUUUUGUUCUCUGGAAAGGAAGUUACAAAGGGACCCACAUUUAUACAAGGAGUACAUUAAGUUCAUGGAUGACUACGAGUCAUUAGGUCACAUGGAAAAGGUUUGCCCGAAAGAUGUCAAAGGAGCACAAUAUUUCAUUCCUCAUCAUUGUGUCUUGAAACCUGACAGCACUACAACCAAAUUGAGAGUUGUCUUUGAUGCAUCAGCAAAAACAUCAAGCGGUUUAGCACUAAACGAUAUUUUGCACAAAGGUCCAACAGUGCAAAGUGAUCUUUUUUCAAUACUGUUGCGUUUUAGAAUACACCGGUUUGUAUUUACGGCCGAUAUUGAGAAAAUGUACCGGCAAAUUCAAGUACAUGAUGAAGAUACAGCACAGCAGCUGAUAAUCUGGAGAAAAAGUGCUGAUGAUAGUAUACAAUAUUACCGACUGAAAACGGUUACAUAUGGAACAAAGUCAGCCCCUUAUCUUGCAACAAAAUGUCUUCAACACCUUGCGAAACAUAAUAUGACCAACUAUCCGCUUGGAGCACCUGCAUUACUUAAUGAUUUUUAUGUAGAUGACUGUUUAAGCGGAACUAACAGCAUCAUUACCGCCUUAGACACUCAACAACAACUUUCGGAACUGCUCAGUAAAUCAGGAUUUAAACUGAGAAAAUGGUGCUCAAAUAAUACACGACUACUACAAAACAUUCCGAUAGAAGACCAAGAAAUCAACCUUGAUUUAGAUGACUCAGCCAUAAAGCCAACAAAAACAUUAGGCAUUAUUUGGCUCCCGAAAUCAGACGAAUUUUGCGGAAAGGCAGAGAUGUCAUCAGAGCAACCUAUCACGAAGCGGAUUGUGGCAUCGGACUUAGCUCGAAUUUUUGAUCCUUUGGGAAUUUUUGGCCCCAUUACUGUAACAGCUAAAAUAUUCAUGCAGGAAUUGUGGCAACAAAACUAUUCCUGGGAUGCGGAACUGUUACCUCAGGCUCAGCUAGAAUGGAAGCGGUUUAGAACUGACUUACAAACAUUAAAUACUGUGAAAGUACCCAGACAUAUUUUUAAUUCGAAGGUUCCCUGUUCGAUUCAAUUACACGUGUUUACGAAUGCAUCAGAGAAGGCAUAUGGAGCAGCUAUGUACGUGCGAGCAAUAUAUAAUGAUAAGACAAUAACAUCGAGACUAUUGUGCGCCAAAUCUAGAAUAGCACCAUUAAAGAAACAGACACUUCCACGACUAGAACUCUGCGCAGCAUUGCUGGGAGUCGAAUUAGCAGAAAGAGUUAAACAAGAUUUAAAGUAUCAAAACGUGCCAACCUACUUUUGGUCCGAUUCCAAAAUUGUUUUGUCAUGGAUAAUAUCUUCAUCUGCCUCAUUGCACACAUUCGUAGCAAAUCGUAUUAGCAAAAUUCAAGAGAUGUCACAUGCUGAUCAAUGGCAUCAUGUGGCAUCAAAGGAUAAUCCUGCUGACAUCAUUUCCAGAGGAAUAAAGCCAAACCCAAAGGCAUUUAACAUCUCAACUGAUAUCGAAAGACGACAAGGACAUACAGUUAACAUUAUCAUUCAAACGACUAGUUCUGAUCACAUGAUAAAUCAAAUUGAUCAUCGAAACUCAUUCAGAUACCUCCAAAGAACAAUUGCUUAUGUUCGCCGUGUAUUUCAUCGCACACAAUCACCAACAAAAACACUUUCUCCAAAGGAAUUACGAGAUGCAUUAGUCUUCAUAAUUAAAACUAUUCAGGGCUCAGAAUUUGCAAAGGAAAUCUCUGACUUAAAACAAUGUAAAGCAAUCAACAGUUCGAGUCAACUAAAUACUUUAGCACCGUUCAUUGACGAACAAGGUGUACUUCGUGUUGGAGGAAGGCUUGAAGCAUCAACAUUGCCAUAUGAUGCUAAACACCCAAUGGUAAUUCCUUACAAUCACUCAAUAGUGAAAUUGAUGUUCAAAAUGAAACAUGAAGAAAAUUCCCAUUGUGCUCCACAAUUAUUGCUAAGCAUAAUGAGACAAAACUUCUGGCCGAUUAAAGGAAAGAUUAUGGCGCGAAACAUUGUUCACAGCUGUGUCAUCUGUUCAAAGGCAAAACCAAAACUGAUGGACCAACUCAUGGGCAACUUACCGACUGAUCGAGUUACUCUGACUAAACCAUUUUUUACCACAGGAGUUGAUUACUGUGGUCCGAUAUGGAUUCAUUAUAAAAUUAGAGGAAAAAGGCCAACAAAGGCAUAUUUAGCAGUAUUUUGCUGUUUCGCGACUAAGGCUGUUCACCUAGAAGUGGUGAGUGACCUGACAACAGAGGCAUUCAUAGCCGCUAUUCAACGUUUUAUCAGCAGAAGAGGAAGAUGCCAAACAAUUUAUAGUGACAAUGCGACUAACUUUGUUGGGGCGAGAAACCAACUACAAGAGCUCCAGUCUACCAUUUAUUCAGAAAAUGGAAAAGAAAAGAUCAUUAAGACCAGUAGUAACAAGGGAAUUGACUUCAAAUUCAUUCCACCAAGAGCUCCUCAUUUUGGAGGACUCUGGGAAGCUGCCGUCAAGUCAGCUAAACAUUUAAUGAUUAAAGGAAUUUUCAACGCUUCAUUGACUUAUGAAGAAUUGACAACAGUCAUAACUGAAAUAGAAGCCAUGUUAAAUUCAAGGCCAAUAACAAAAAUGUCAUCCGAUCCAAAUGAUCUAACAGCGCUUACACCAGGACACUUUCUCAUAGGCGAACCACCUACCACUAAUGUAGAUCCUUAUCAAAAGGAGAGCCGAAUGAGUUUAUCAUCACGAUGGCGUUUAGUUUCUGAACUCAAACAAGAAUUCUGGAGAAGAUGGUCAAAGGAAUAUCUCAAUGAACUCCAAUCAAGGUACAAAUGGAAACAACAAAAGGCAAAUCUAUGCCAAGGUGAUUUAGUCAUUAUUAAAGAUGAUAAUCUACCCAUGUACAAAUGGCCUCUUGGCAGGGUGCAACAGGUGUAUGAAGGAGAAGAUGGUUUGGUCCGUGUAGCUGACAUAAAAACAGCCAAUGGGAUUUUUAAACGACCAUUACGAUCAUUGGCCCCCUUACCCACUGAAGGCAGCAUUAAUCAAAAUUCAACAAAACAAAAUUCUACUGUCACACAAACAAGACGAACGAAUGAACCUAGUGAAGCGUUGCCAAAGCGUCGAAAGAUAUAUGAUGGCACAUCUUUAAUGAUGACCAUACUUGGUCAAACACCAAACGUCUACAAUUCAGACACAUCAAACGCUUACCGACACCAUGUAUGA